AUGGCGUCAAGUUUAAGGCAGUUUUUUUUGCAGAAUCUCAAUCCGUUUCGCUCAGCUGAAGAAAUAUUCGGUUUGGGCUAUCCCUAUGAGACGCUUCUUCGAAAAAGCUCCCAAGUGCCGGUAGUGAAGGAAUUUCUUCAGAAAUUCACCAUUACCGAUGAAAAACCAGCUCCGACUCAUACACCACAAGGAAGCGAUCACAAACGCACAGCAGAAUCCUCAUGGAAACCGUAUGUGAGCAACGUAGAGCAUGAUCGUUUAUUGGCUGAUAUGGCAAUGUCACACGCAGUUGGUGAUUUCUGUGUGGUCGGUCCGAAAGGCUCCGGUAAGACAACAGUUGUUGAACAGUUCGCGAAACGAAUGGGCUAUUCGAUCAGUACAAUGACCCUUUAUCAUGAUAUGAAUAGCCGUGAAUUGUUACAAGAACGACGAAUGUUGCCGAAUGGUGAUACAGUCUGGGAGGAUAGUGUAUUGGUGGACUGUGCUAAGCAAGGGCGAUUGUGUAUUUUGGAUGGUAUCGAACGAAUACACUGGAGUGUAUUGGCGCCAUUAAUUCACCAUCGUCAAAUUGAUCUUUUUGACGGCAAUCGAUUGCUCGACUCAUCGAAGUUCAACCUCAUCGCCAAACAGUGUGGUCUUAGCAAGGAACAACUUGAGGGAGUGUUUGAGAUUGAUCCAUCGUUCCGAAUAAUCGCAAUUGGUGAUUCGGAGAAUAAAUCUGGUUGGAUGAAUGAACAAGUGCUGUCGCUGUUCCCAUUCCAUGUCAUGAAAGCACUUUCUAUCGAUGCACAACAUCAUAUCAUCGAGAGUCUCGUUCCGAAUGCGGAUCCUAAACAAACGAGAAACGUGAUAAAAUUUGUUGAAUCACUUCAUCGUUCAUCUGAUACUGGUUUGCGAGAUGUUGCUGGAUCGUUGUCGCUACGGAAAUUAGUGCAUAUAAUCGGAAGGAGUGCGAUGCAUCGAGAUGAGGAUAUAACAGCUGCACUAUCAAGAGCUGCACUCUCGAGAUUUUUGCCCGUCAUUACCCAUGAUCUAUUUGAGAAGGCACUUCGAGAUGCAAACAUCGACAAUCGAUCAGAAAAUGCCACCUUGCCUUCCGUAUCGCCACCGAAUGGUGCACAUGUGGCCGUGAUGAGCGAUAUGGCCCGUGAUAUGGAACUUGGAUCGCAUUUACUCUUGAUUGGCAAUCAAGGAGUGGGUAAAAACAAAGUCACAGAUCGAUUUCUUCAUUUGAUCAACCGUCCUCGUCAAUACCUGCAACUGCACAGGGAUACGACAGUGCAAAGUUUGACGGUGCAUAGCACAGUGAUAGAUGGUCGUUUGAUAUUAGAGGAUUCACCGUUGGUGCGUGCAGCACGGGAGGGUAAUGUGCUGGUGAUUGACGAGGCGGAUAAGGCACCUUUACAUGUGGUGGCUGUUCUUAAAUCACUGCUUGACACUGGAGUGAUGAGAUUGGCUGAUGGCCGCGUCAUUGAACCGAAGAACAUUUCGCGAGGUGAUCGUUCGAUACCGUUACAUCCUGAUUUCCGGAUUAUAAUGCUGGCAAAUCGGCCUGGUUUCCCAUUUCUUGGCAACGAUCUCUUUUCCAUUCUCGGUGAUUUAUUCUCAGUUCAUAUAGUGGACAAUCCAUCAAGAGAAUCUGAAUUCAAUAUGCUCAAGAAAUACGCUCCAAGUAUUCUUUUAAUUAACCCACUUGAGUUGAUUCUUACAUUUAUCACGUUGCCAGGAAAAGUGUUCGCUGAGUGA